AUGUCAACAAUUGCUAUUGUCAGCAUUGUACGAAGUAUUGAUCAAAUGAGGAAAUACGAUAUUGCCAUGGAAACAGUAAAAUGUUAUUCCAAAAUUCAUGGUUACCAUUAUAUUUUAGCAGAGGAAAAGCAUUUUGAUUGCCACCACAAUGAUAGAUUUUUCCGCCGUCACUGCAUUGUGGCGCGGAUUUUGCCGCAUUUCAGCGCCCUGCUUUUUCUCGAUGCAGAUAUGGGUGUAGUUUACCCAAAAAGAAAAAUUGAAGAAUUUCUUGACGAAAAUUUUGAUGUGACAUUCUAUGAUCGGUUUUAUAACUGGGAAAUAAUGGCAGGCACAUACUUAGUUCGGAAUACGCCGUAUGCAAUAAAAUUCUUAAAUGAUUUUGCUGAUUACGAAUCUACUCUUCCAAACAGUUUCCAUGGAACAGACAAUGGCGCUUUGCAUUUCUUCCUAGCCGAACGAUUUUUGUCUGCAGACCGAAUCUCAAUUGAUUUAUGUCGACGAGUGUACGAGAAAUCGCGAAACUGGCAGGAUGUGUUCACAUAUGAGGCGUGCUUGCGAUCGAUAUUUGGGUCCCGGCACGAGCUGGGUCGAGUGCGAAUAUUAGGAAAAAUUGAAGGAUGGGCAAGAGAUAGCUGGCUGACAAACAAUGUAUGGAAUAAAGAGAUUGGCGACUUCAUGUUUCAUUCAUGGAAAAACUCGCAGAUUCGAAAGUUGACAAGUAGACCUAGAAUAAAGAAAUCUUCAAUGUACGAAUGGGUAAACCCAUUAGCAGGCGGCAUUGAUCUUGAUUUGUGCAAUUCGAAAAAUAUGACGUGGUCUUACGACGAACGACUCAUUGGUGAUGAAUUUGAAUUACGAGAACAUUUGCAGCAAAUGCAAGCAAAAAUUGUCAAGGAACAAUUCAUUUCUUUAUCGAGAAUUCGAAAAUUCAUCUAA